AUUAAGUGCGGUUAAAUUUGAAAACCAAGGGUUAUGUUAUGUUAUUUCCCAGGAAAUUCAAAAACUCGUUUGAUUUGUUAACUGGUUUGGAGCAAAAAUACAUCAUUUCAUAAUGUCUCACAGUGUACAUGGGACUUUCGUAUCCGAAAAAAUCAACAAAAUACGUUGGAGGCCCGAUGAAUUCAACAACUCGCACUUUUUUCUCACUGGGAGCGUAGACAACGAUUGCAAUAACAUAAAACUCUGGGAUUUUCACGAAAACGAUGAAGAGGAUGAUGUGUAUCCUUUCCUGAUAUCCACCUUUCCUUAUUGUGGAGAUGUAACCGAAAUGAAGUUUCUGAAUGCAGACUAUUUUGUUACGUCGUCUUCAAGUGGAUCAGCACAUCUGAUGAAAAUUGUUCCUGCGUACACUGACAACAUCGCUUUGAAAAGUGAAAUUACUUGGAAUAAAAUACAUCAGUUCAAAAAUGGUGAAGCAAGUCCCUGCACUGCAUUGGCUGUAUACGAAAACGAUAUCGUGACUGUUGGUGAAGAUGGGUGCAUAAAUCUACUGAACACAAAAGUACAAAAAGUACAUGGUAAAAUAGACGAUGCUGAUAGCUGUUCCAUUCAGUGUGUGAUAUUCCUGAAACAUAAUGAGAUUUUAACCAGUAAUUUAAGAGGUCAGUUGAAAAUUUGGGAUUUGCGUAGUUCCGGUAAUAACCCUAACAGCACUUUUAUGAUCAGUGGAGACCAGGUUACCCCUACAUGUCUCACCUACCAUCCAACUCAAAGGCAUCUGAUUAUAACAGGAGACGACUUAGGAGCCCUCACAACUUGGGAUCUUCGCCACAAUACUUAUCCAGUUAAUGUCCUCAAUGCUCAUGAAGGAGCCAUCAGCGAAAUUCAGUUCGAGCCAGAAAAUCCUGACCAGCUAUAUAGCUGUUCCAGUUCCGGAGAAAUCUGGCAAUGGGCUACCAAAUCCGAUGUCAGACAGCAGUUGGCAGAUGGUACAGAGACGAACGUCUGGCUGGCCCCCGACAACGUCAAAAACAAGUUGGAAGUUUUUACUUUGAUGCCAACUCUAGGAAAACCCAUCAACUCUCUGGAUUUGAAUCGGAGAAGAGUCCUAUGUGGGUGUGAUAAUGAGGCGAUUUAUUUGAUCAACGGUGUUAAUUUUUAAGCUACGAUAAUGAAGACUGUUAAUACUUUUUUAUGUAAUAAAAUUAUUUUUCCUUGGGGA